AUGAGCCAGGCUGGGUUUCGCGUUACAGGCAUGCUUGUCUAUUGCGCCCCCUUGCCCUAUAUGGCUCAUCAAGUAGGUGAUUACUUCUCCAUUCGGGGAUUCGCUGCUACCCAAAAAAGUCCUCGCGUGCCGAUGCAAUGGCGCAAGAGUUUUCAUGUCUCCUUGAUUGCCUACGUGAACCCAACUAUCCUCAGUCGGCGUAUAGUUGGGGCCGCACGCAUGCGGUCAGGAGAUGACCAGCCACGCCUUCGGCAAUUCGUAAGGGGCGAUACUACCCUUGGUGCCUGCAAGCCUGUUUGUAGCGAAGCGCAGGAAGCCGGACGUGUCAUGUCCAGCUAG